AUGAACCACGUGGGCGACGUGCGCCACGAGGUGAACAAUGACGUUCUAUCUGAGCUCAUGCGCGAAGGAGAGGACCGACGAGCGUCCGAGCAGCGCCAACGGGAGCUACGGCACGAGCAGAAGUCAGUGCGCUGGAGACUGUUUGGCGCGACUGUCAUGUUCCUGACUCGACUCGUUGUGGACCUCUGUCGGCGCGGCCAUCAGUGUGUACAGCAUAGUAUGCUGCGCUGCAUACUAUGCUCGUCGAUCGGUGGAUCGUCCAGUCGGCACGCUCUUCGAUCUGUCCUACUCAAAGAUGAGCGCGCUGCGCCUAUUGCUGGCUACGGGGCUGGCGUUUGCACUGUCCUACAUUGUGGGAUCAUCGGUCUCAUUCCUAUCGGUCGCCAGUCGAGACUGAAUGCGAACGAGCUGAACGAAGAUAAGAUUCGGUCACGGAUCAUAGUGGACCGAGCGCGUGCGUUCGUGCCUGAGAUGCGCCAAGUGUUCCGUCGUGAACAAACUGACGGCCUGAAGCUGGGCAGAAGCGAAUCUGGAUGCGAGAACACGGUUCAGGGGAUGGAGAUACUCACUGAUUCUAUGGUGUGCACCCGGUCUCAGCUGGACAAGGCGAGAUGUGGCUGCUGCAACUCGAUCGACACCAGUCUCCCGCGGAUCCAGCAGUACACGGGCGACCGAUGCGAUACGGACCCGCCGCAUUGCUGCAAUGUCUUUGAGCAGUGUGUGUCCUGCUGCAUGCACCCACUCAAUUCCGCCACGCGUCGGGAGCUCCUUACACACGCGGACCCAACUCACCCGAUCUACAGUGAACCCGCUGCGAUCACUGUGUUCCAGUACUGCCAGUACCGCUGUCGCACCUCGUCGGCAAGUGUGCAGCAUCAAAACUCGUAUCGAAGCCACCGCCUGUUCUGCUACGGUAUCCAUCGACCGCUGAAGGUCCUUCCGACCUUCAACAGCGACGGCCUUCACGACGACUGGAGCACUGCUGCCUCUCGUGAAGAAGCACGAGAAAACCUCCUACCGACCGCGCAGCUGGAGCUGGAUCCGUACUACCAGAAGUACGAGUCACGCGACCAAGUAAGUGGCCAUCGGACCAACGAGUCGACUCUCAGAGCUCGUCGCGAGACAAAGCAGCUGCACGUAGCGCUACAGCCCAACGUGAGCUUUCCGGCCACGUUUCUCCAUUGCUGUCACACGAAAGGCCUAACGAAGCGCAGCGAAGCUUUGACGUGCGCUCGCUGGUCAACUGUGCGUUUGUGUGGACAAUUUGGCUCGAAUGAUUCCCAGCGACGCCCUAUCGUCGCCUGCAUGUACUAUCCCAAUUUCUCUUUGCUUAUCGAUUAG